AUGCCUAAAUCGAAGGAACAGAGAAUUAAACCUCAUUUUAAUUAUAUCAAACCUGAAACUCGAUCUCAAACUAAAAAAAAACAACAACUUUAUGAACAAAUGAAAAUACAGCAACAACUUUGUCAUCAAAUUGAACAACAACGUUAUCAACAAAAUCUACUUUAUCAACAAAAUUUACUUUAUCAACAAAAUCAACAAAAUCAACAAACACUACUUUAUCAAUAUCAGCAACAACAACAAUUAUUCUAUCAACAAAAUCAAAAUCAACAACAAUUAUUUUAUCAUCAAAGUCAGCAACAACAACAGCAUAAUCAAAAUCGACAUAAAAAACAACUUCCACCUCGCCCUUUCAGUUCUUACACUGAUGAUGAAAUCUUACUUAAAGUGAUUCUCAACUUUUAUGAAGAUGACAUGACUUCAAUUAAAAAAAUUAUUCCUUGGUUAAAUGAAAAUGAAUUAAAUGAUUUGAUCAACGACAUUCAACCACGAGACAUUUCCGAAUUAAAAUUUCCACCACAUCCAAAUAUAAAUUCGAUACCACCAGAUGAUAAAACUCCAGAAUAUAAAGAUUAUUUAUUAAAAGCACAAUGGAGUUUAAAAGAAAUAAAAAUCUAUAAAGGAAUGACGGAUAAUGGAAAAAAAGGAUUAAAAAAUUGGAGAAAGUUGAAACAAAUGUUAUAUCAAAAAGAUUUAGGAGAUAUUGUUAAACAUUUUGGAACCUUGGAUAAAAUGAAAGAUUAA